AUGAAAGUUACCGAGCAUUUGGAGAAGGCCGACGGGCCAUUGAUCAGCUUCGAGAUCAUUCCACCCUUGCGCGGGGGAAAUCUCAAGCAGCUUCUCGGGCUGAUCGAAAGCUUGGUGAAGCACCGUCCGCCGUUCAUCGACAUCACCAGCCAUGCGGCAGAGGUCAUGUACGAAGAGACUUCCCAGGGCAUCCGCCGUCGGGUGAAACGCAAACGGCCCGGAACACUGGGUGUUUGCGCCUUAAUGCAGAAUAAAUACCAGGUCGAUGCGGUUCCCCACGUCUUAUGCCAAGGCUUCAACCGCCAGGAGACCGAAGAUUUUCUGAUCGAGCUGCGGUACCUGGGCAUCGACAACGUGUUGGCGAUUCGCGGUGACGAUUCCGGCUACCGCAAACCCCUGGACCACGGCCGAACCCGCAAUGCCGACGCGGUGGAGCUGAUCCAGCAGAUCUCGGAUAUGAAUAGCGGGCAAUACCUGGAAGACGAUCUUCUGGACGCGGAUCCGACCAGUUUUUGUGUCGGCGCGGCGGGAUAUCCCGAGAAGCAUUUCGAGGCACCGAAUCUGGACUCCGAUAUCCGAUGGGCGAAGAAGAAGGUCGACGCCGGUGCCGACUACAUCGUGACCCAGAUGUUCUUCGACAAUCGCUACUUCUUCGAGUACGUGGAGAAGUGUCGAGCGGCGGGCAUUGAGGUGCCGAUCAUUCCCGGGCUCAAGAUCCUGACCACCAAACGCCAUCUGCGUAGCAUCCCGCGGACCUUCCACUGCGAAAUCCCGCCCGCGUUGGCGGACGAAAUCGAGAAGGCCAAGAAAGACCAGGUCCAGUCCAUCGGUGUGGAGUGGGCCCUCGGCCAGGCCCAGGAGCUGGUGGAUAAGGGAGUGCCCUCGGUGCACUUCUACAUCAUGCAAAGCCCUAAGGCGAUCAACUCGUUGUUGCCACGCCUCAAGCUGUGA